AUGGCUGUCUGCAGCAGAUUCUGCAGAGACGUAUGCACAGCAGUGCACAUAAAAAUAAAAUUCAAAUUGGAAAAGAUGGUUUUUGUUAAGAGUGCUGCUGGUUUUGGUGAAUAUGCAUUGCGAAUAAUAUAUGGCUACUACAAUGAAAGCAUGAUCACAUGCGGAUUGCGGGCGUAUAGAUUUCUGGAUGGAGUGUCAAUUAUUUUCUCGCAGUCAAUUGUGUACAUUGGUCUCUCUCUGUUCUUUCUUGCACUGCACAGUAGAAGAAGGAAAAACUCUUCAAAAAGGGGGCAGAAGCAUGAGACACAGUCUAAAAGGAAGACCCAUCAGAUCAAGCGCCCUAAAGUGGCAGAAUAUGGAUUGGAUGGCCUGGAGAGAAAUGAGUCUGGUCUACAAAGGACCCUCCAUCAGUGCAAAUUUGUCUUAAUGACACUCUGUCUUGUGUGCAUUAACAUUCUGAACAAACUCAUGCUGUACAAAAGCAUGGAGUACAUAUCAUACCCAACCUUCUCUAUAAUUCGUUCAUUUAGGCUAUUCCCUGCUCCUCAGAGCAUCAUAGGAAGAAGCAUCUCCUACCGCAUGAAAAUGUCCAUUGGAAUGGCUACUGCAGGCAUAUUCAUAUACCUCUUUACACGCGAGGAAAAAGUAGAGAGCAUUAGGUACUUAGAACGGCUUAGUACAUUGCAUGAUCCUCGGGCCAUCCAUGAAUAUGACAAGGUAAAGAUUGUCCGACUGUCUCUUCGAUUUCUUUACUUCUACACGAAGAAAUUUCUUUCUUCAUCUGAUGUACCGUGUGAAGAAGAAGCAUUUAUUGCUGGAAUACUAAAAAAUGAGCUACCUCCUCAGGACUACGCUGCCCCCUUAAAGGACCAGGCACAAAAAUACUAUAAAACUCUUCUUCUCCUGCAUGGAAACAGGUCUAAGGAAGUAGUUGGCAAGGCCGGAAUCAAAGAGAUAUUUAAUAAGAUGGCUAGAAGAAAUGGCAAUAAGAGUACACCAGAAAUAGACUACUUAGCACUGUCUUUUGUUAAAAUGAUAUGCGCAGGCCAAAAUACUUCUUAUUUUCAUGCAUUUUUGGAGCAAAGAAAAAUUGCAGCUGCAGCAUACAUGGCCUUUCACUCCAUAAUGGAGGUUGCACUGGAGGCAGGACAAAUUGUUCUGUGUAAGAGAUUUGGUGUUCAGAAUGACUUUAUUACAAUCAUAAUUAACUUACUUGGGGCACUAGUACUAUGCAUUGUUUUGCUUUUCCAUAGCAGUGGACUGCAUGACUGGAUCUGCCGCUUUCGAAAGGAUCUAUUUCUUGCAUCCAGUCUGCUCUACUAUAUCCGAUUUCUGUCGACAGAAGAAGGAGCAAUCUUCACAGAGAAGAAGGACGUCAAUAGAAUGGGUCUUCAGAUAGGAGUGAAAUUCUUUUCACUUCUUUUGUCUGUUGUCCUUUAUACGCAUGAUUUCACACUUGGUCAUAUUGUUGGUCUUUUUUUGAUGUUCAUUUCGUACUUGAUAAACAUCAACAUGCACUCAGUUCUCCUUUCCCGAUGGACUCUUUCUGGACAUGUCCGGAGCAGGUGCCUUUAG